AUGAGGGAGACGAUGCGAGUACUGUGCUUCCUCGGUCAAGCCGCCUUGCUGCUUCUGCCUGCCAUCUCUGCCGCAGUUGCUCUGCCAGCUGAUGUUGCUCCCAACGGUUCAUGCAAAUGUAUCUCUGGCGACAAGUGCUGGCCUUCCGAGAAGAUCUGGGCCCUGUUCAAUUCCACGGUCGGCGGAAACUUGAUUAGGACGCAGCCCGUCGCCGUCUCCUGCUAUCCCGGCCCGUCUUUCAAUCCCGCUGAGUGUGCUGCGGUUGAUGCCAACUGGGCCAACGCUACGUUCCAGGCCGAUGAUGUCGUCGGGCUCUCAUUUCCAACCAAUAUCACUUGUCCCCCUGUCAAUGUAACUGCCGGGGCGAGUGCCAACGGGACCUGCACCCUGGGAGUAAAUCCAAGCUAUGCUGUCAAUUGUACAAAUCCUCGACAGGUGGCUCGGACGAUCGCCUUCUCCAAGCUCUUCAACCUCCGUCUGGUAGUCAAGAAUACGGGACACGACCAGCUUGGUCGCUCUGAAGGGUCCAAUGGCCUGGAGAUCUGGAUUCGCCAUCUCCGCAACGGCAUUGCUUUCCAGGGCACCUUUAAGUCUUCCACUGCCUGUAACGUGGGCAAUUGGACUGGAAGUGCUUUCAAGAUUGCAGGUGGGUAUACUUGGGGUGAUGUCGGCGCAGAGGCACAAAAGCACAAUGUCGUUGUCGUCAAUGGCGGCACUCCCUCCGUCGGCGCCAUUGGAGGCUGGAUGCAGGGUGGUGGUCACGGCCCUGCAUCCCGAACCUUCGGUCUCGGAGCAGAUCAAGUGCUGGAACUUGAGGUUGUUCUUGCAGACGGAAACCUCGUAACAGCCAAUGCCUGCCGGUACAGUGACCUGUUCUUCGCCCUUCGUGGUGGCGGUGGUGGCACCUACGGCGUCGUGGUAUCGAGCACGGUCAAAGCCUACGCCAUGGUCAACGUCACUGUUCAACAUCUGGCCAUGUUUCCUUUGAGCGCUAACAUCUCUGGACUUCUGGAUGCUAUUGCUGUGUUGUACUCUUCCUAUCCCGAUCUCAAUGACGCCGGGUACGCCGGCUAUGGUCAGUGGUCAGUCAACAGCCCAGCGCCUCUCUUCGCCGACGUGACAACCGGCUAUGUUCACGGCUUCAGCAUCUUCAACACCACGGUCACGCAAGCUCAGUCCGCUUUUGACGCGGCCCGAGCAAGACUGGCUCAAUACAACCUGACCAGCAUCUUCAUCUCCGAAACUUACGCUUCCUAUCCGGACUACUGGACGUACUACCAGGCCGAGUCCGGCGUUGAACCACCUGUUGGAUCACCCGCGUAUGGUGCUGGAAACCGUUUGUUCGACCGCGCCUCGGUGACGCAGAACUUCAGCGCCCUACGUACCAUGAUCCAAACCAUUGCCGGCACGCCCGAGCAGUUCACAACGAACAACCUCGAGCUUGUCGGCGGCGGGCAGGUGUUUCGAGACGCAUCCGACCCAUUCUCCGGCGUCACCCCGGCCUGGCGUCUCUCUUACUUGAACAACAUCGUGGCCCGGGUGUCGUCCUUCGACACUCCGCAAUCAGUGCUCGACGAAAAGCAACACGACAUCACGUACGUCAAGGUCCCCGCCAUGAAGAAACUGGCGCCCAACACCGGCGCGUACAUGAACGAAGGGGACAGAUUCGACCCGGACUGGAAGGUCGAUUUCUACGGUAGACGCCAUUACGCCAGGCUGUUGGCCGUAAAGAGAAGAUACGAUCCGCGGGGACUGUUUUAUUGCCCCACGUGUGUAGGAAGUGAUGCGUUUGAGGUGGUUCAGGGUGGCAGGUUGUGUCGAGCCCGAGGCGGAUAUUUUCAGGAGCAGGACCGCACGAAGUAA